AUGUCGGUUCGAGGACAUCGCUUUUCGGGCGCGGGCGACGUUGACCGAGGUCAUAACGUCCGCGCGAGUGUCACGUCACACCCGCUCAUCAUGUCUUUCUUCGCCAAGGAAAACGCCGCUCCCAUCCCCCACGCGGCGUACGGCGCCAAGCCCGAGAGGCAGCACGGCGCGGGCCCGUCCCAGAUCUCGUUCGGGAACUACGAGGAGCCCCCCGGUCGAUCCGCCGCCGGCGUCGUCGGUCGCGACGCCAACGUCCCGUACGGCGCGCCGUCGCAGGCGCGCGCGGUGAGCUCGAACGCGUACGCCAACGGCGCGGAUCAGAACUGCGGGAACUACAUCACGGACCGCCCGUCGACGCGCCUGCACGCGCCCCCGGGUGGCGUGUCGCAGAUCUCCCUCGGCGGCGGGUACGAGGCGCCCGCGAGGGCGUCCGUGACCGGCGGCGGCGUCGCGUACAAGUCCGCGGCGAAGGCGCGCGAGGAAGCGGGGCACGACAUCUUCGGCACGGGCGGUCCCGCGCCGGCGCCGCAGCAGCAGCGGGCGUACCACGAGCCGGAGACGGCGGCGUACGCGCCCGCGCCCGGCGGGAAGGUGGAAGCCGAGGAGCUGGACAUCAAGAACAUGAUGCACGCGGAUCUCCGAACGCUGUGCCGCGACCACGGCCUGUCCCCGGCCGGGUGCAAGAACACGCUCGUGGAACGCGUCGUGGAGGCGAUGACGUGCGGGCGAAUCAGGGUCAUGGUCCCGGAGAGGGGCGUCUGCGGCGCCGCGGCGGUCGGGAACAACUACACGCGCGCGGAGGGGCAGAACACCGGGAACUUCAUGACCGGGCGGAACUCCAGCCGCGUGCUCGCGCCCCCGGGCGGCGGGUCGAGCUUCUCGCUCGGGUAAUUCGCGCGGGCGGUGGCCUGAUGUGUUGUGUACGUUCGAACGUGUUGUAUUGUAGCUUACGAUGAACGAGGGUGGGUGUGGGAGGGGAUCUCCCGAUGAACGGAACGAACGGACGAGUUGACGAGUAAUACGAAUGAUGAGAACCUCUCU